CCUCUCUUCCCGCGGCGGUAUCAUGGCUGUGUGCCCUCUUGGCGAAAGUGAGCUGCUCCGGUCGUCACACCAGAGGGGGGGGCGAAGUCAUCGGACGUUGCCAAGCAAUGUCGUGGAAUGUUGCCGUGGCCGGUCAGAGGAGGAAAAUAGAGUAAGGGGCGGUUGGACGGGGGGGUAACCUUUGCUUUUCAACCCAGCAUCACCACCGCCAACUGAUCGCGGCAUGGAAGGAGACUCAAUGUUUCCCCCCCUUGGCACUCUUGGCGAGGAAGUCUUGGCUCUCUCAGUCGGGAAUUCAUUGAGAGGUGCGGGUGAUUCUCUCUGUCCCUGUGUGUCUUUAAAUGGGGGGAGGACGGACGAUCACAAGAGCCUACUAUGCUAUGUAUGCACUGCGGAAUCCCUCCCUGGAAAGAAUGUCAUCAUCCUCCCCCCCAUCUCUAUUGUGGCAUUGGCGUUGACACAUUCCAGAUGGUUACCAACUAUGGUAGGAUUCCGGACGUGCAGUCGGACCCGGCAGGACGGUCACCCAGGCUUAGACUUUCUAGACCUCGCUUCUGCCACUCUCCUUGGAUUCAUGUCGAGUUCUGGGCCCCCAAGCAAGGGUGAGGUCCUCCCAUGUGCGACUUGGGUUGUUGACCAUCAGUGCAGCAGCGGCAGCUGGCCCAGCAGCUGAAGCAACGAUCUUAUCUUCCGUGUAUCCAACUUACUGUACAUGGUAUUGUAUUGUGGUUACGGCGAGUGAGGGCCAGGCCGGACCUUCACACCUGCUGCGUUUCAAGAUGCAGCAUGGACGACCUUCUGAAUCCUUCCAUGAAAAGAACCGAACAUGCCACCCACCCGGUGGAUUCGGAGAGACAGGUGCGGGUUGCAGCUGUCAUGACGGCA